CCCCACCAAGAACGAGAUUGAAAAAACAAACAAACAAAAUUCCCUCCUUUUUCCAUUGUCACCCACCCCAUAAUCAUAUGAUCCAAUCCAAAGUAAAAAUCUCGUGAAAUUCAUUCAAAAAUAAUCUCAAUAUCAGAUAAACAACUAGAGGAACACCACUUUCCUCUAAACCUCACCUCUCAUUCCUCACUCACUCCCACCUUCCUUCAAACCUCUCCAAUGGCGUCCGCCACUUUCUCUCUCCUCCCUUCCACCUCCAUCUCCCCCUCCACCAAACUCCUCAACCUCAAAUUCCGCCAUUACCAAACCUCCAAACCCUUCUUCUCCACCACCAUCAAAUCCCUCUCUUCUCCCACCCCAACUCCCACUCUUUCCCAAGACGAUCUCAAAAAACUCGCCGCCGAAAAAGCCGUCGAUUCCAUCAAAUCCGGCAUGGUUCUCGGCCUCGGAACCGGAAGCACCGCCGCAUUCGCCGUCGCCCGAAUCGGCGAACUUCUCUCUUCCGGUAAACUCACCAACAUUGUUGGAAUUCCGACUUCGAAACGCACCCAAGAACAGGCUGCGUCUCUGGGUAUUCCGCUUUCGGUCCUCGAUGAUCAUCCUCGCAUUGAUCUCGCCAUUGAUGGGGCUGACGAGGUUGACCCUGAUCUUAAUUUGGUGAAAGGGCGAGGUGGGGCGUUGUUGAGGGAGAAGAUGGUUGAGGCUGCUAGUGAUAAGUUUAUUGUGGUUGUUGAUGAUACUAAGCUUGUUGAUGGUUUGGGUGGUAGUCGUCUUGCUAUGCCUGUUGAAGUUGUUCAGUUUUGCUGGAAAUAUAAUCUUAAGAGAUUGCAGGAGAUCUUUAAGGAGUUGGGUUGUGAGGCAAAGUUGAGAAUGGAUGGGGAUGCCAAGCCUUAUGUGACUGACAACUCAAAUUACAUCGUGGAUUUAUACUUCCCAACAUCCAUCAAGGAUGCUGAAGCUGCAGGGAGGGAAAUUUCAGCCUUGGAAGGUGUGGUGGAACAUGGGUUGUUCCUUGGUAUGGCUAGUGAGGUCAUCAUUGCCGGGAAAACUGGAGUGACUGUGAAGACCAAGUGAUCUCCAUUGGUUGAUGGAUUCCGGGUAUGGAAUAGUCUCCUUCUCCCAGCAAUAACUGCUUAUUCUUCAUCUCUACAAAUGUUCUCUCACUUCCUGUAAUGUUAGAUGGGGAUCUUUGGUCUGGUUUGAUAUUUUUGCAUCUUGUUGUAUCUAAUUAUUGUUGUGAUUUAAUUUAGUUGUGUUAUGAAGUGUAGAUGAGAAUCAAUGCUGAGAUACAGAGAUAGCUUCUUGAAUUGUGUACAUUACGCUUUGGUGCAAUAAAAUUUCCAACUCUUAAAUUCAUGAA